AGAGGAAAGAAGAGGCCAGGGGAGAACAGGCUGUUGUUUUUUCCUUUCCCUUUGUUCAUUGUGGUUUCUUUGUUUCUGGCUUUUAUGAUGUGGUUGAUUAAAGAGAUGAGCACCUGGAAACUUAGGCAGUAGCAGCUUCCUCCUUACAUGUUUCUUGCCCUUUAUUCCCCCACUCUCACCAACAACUGAAGGGGUGUGAUGGAGCACAUAUCCCAAAGAAGACAGAAAGAAGGCUAAAGACUACCCUCUGAGAAGAACCAAACGCAAGAAAUUCUACUACCAGGCUAUCUUUGCCCUCAUCCUUAAGGUAAACAGAAAAAUGGCCAAGGAGAGGGGCCUAAUAAGCCCCGAAGACUUUGCCCAGCUGCAAAAAUACAUGGAAUACUCCACCAAAAAGGUCAGCGAUGUCCUCAAGCUCUUCGAGCAUGGUGAGAUGGCCAAAUAUCUCCAAGGAGAUGCCAUUGGGUACGAGGGAUUCCAGCAAUUCCUGAAAAUCUAUCUGGAAGUGGAACAAGUACCCACUCACCUGAGCCAGGCACUGUUUCAAUCCUUCCGCACUGGGCACUGUUUAAACGAGGCUAUGAUCAAAGCAGAUGUAGUGUGUCUCAGUGAUGUCUCCUGCUACUUCUCCCUUCUGGAGGGUGGUCGGCCAGAAGAUAAGCUAGAAUUUACCUUCAAGCUGUAUGACACGGACAGAAAUGGGAUCCUGGACAGCUCAGAAGUAGAAAAAAUUAUCCUCCAAAUGAUGCGAAUGGCAGAAUAUCUGGAUUGGGAUGUGUCCGAGCUGAGGCCGAUUCUUCAGGAGAUGAUGAAGGAGAUUGACUAUGAUGGUAGUGGCUCUGUCUCCCUAGCUGAGUGGGUCCGAGCAGGAGCUACCACGGUGCCACUGCUAGUGCUGCUGGGGAUGGAGAUGACUCUGAAGGAUGAUGGGCAGCAUAUGUGGAGACCCAAGCGGUUCCCCAGACCGGUCUACUGCAACCUGUGCGAGUCUAGCAUUGGUCUUGGCAAACAGGGACUCAGCUGUAACCUGUGCAAGUAUACUGUUCAUGACCAGUGUGCCAUGAAGGCAAUGCCUUGUGAAGUCAGCACGUAUGCCAAGUCGCGUAAGGACAUUGGUAUCCAAUCUCACGUAUGGGUGCGAGGAGGCUGUGAGUCUGGGCGCUGCGACCGUUGUCAGAAAAAGAUCCGGACCUUCCACAGUCUCACCGGGUUGCAUUGUGUAUGGUGCCACCUAGAGAUCCACGAUGACUGCCUGCAGAACAUGGGCCCUGAGUGUGACGGUGGGCUGCUCCGUGAUCACAUCUUGCCUCCAUCUUCCAUCUACCCCAGCGUUCUGGCAUCUGGACAGGACCGCAAACAUAGCAAAACAAGCCAGAAGACCUUGGAAGACCUAAACUUGUGCACCUCUGAGGCUCUGCGGAUUGACCCUGUUUCUAAUACCCAUCCACUUCUAGUCUUUGUCAAUCCUAAGAGUGGUGGAAAGCAAGGGCAAAGGGUUCUUUGGAAGUUCCAGUAUAUCCUAAACCCUCGGCAGGUGUUCAACCUCCUGAAGGAUGGUCCUGAGCCAGGACUCAGAUUCUUCAGAGAUGUCCCUGAUAGCCGGAUAUUGGUGUGCGGUGGAGAUGGCACAGUGGGCUGGAUUCUAGAGUCCAUUGACAAAGCCAGCCUGCCCGUUGUGCCUCCCGUUGCUGUGUUGCCCCUGGGCACUGGAAAUGAUCUGGCUCGGUGCCUAAGAUGGGGAGGAGGGUAUGAGGGACAGAAUUUGGCCAAAAUUCUCAAAGAUAUAGAGAUGAGUAAGGUGGUACAUAUAGAUCGAUGGUCUGUGGAAGUGAUACCUCAACAAACUGAAGAAAAGUGUGAUCCAGUCCCCUUUCACAUCAUCAAUAACUAUUUCUCCAUUGGUGUGGAUGCCUCUAUUGCUCACCAGUUCCACAUCAUGCGAGAGAAAUAUCCUGAGAAGUUCAACAGCAGAAUGAAGAACAAGCUAUGGUACUUUGAAUUUGCUACAUCUGAAUCCAUCUUCUCAACAUGCAAAAGGCUGGAGGACUCUUUGACAGUUGAGAUCUGUGGAAAACCUCUGGAUCUGACCAACCUAUCACUAGAAGGCAUCGCAGUACUGAACAUCCCUAGUAUGCAUGGUGGCUCCAACCUCUGGGGUGAUACCAAGAGACCACAGGGGGAUAUCUGUGGGAUCAACCAGGCCUUAGGCACUACAGCUAAAGUCAUCACCGACCCUGACAUCCUGAAAACCUGUGUGCCAGACCUAAGUGACAAGCGACUGGAAGUAGUAGGACUGGAAGGUGCGAUUGAGAUGGGCCAGAUUUAUACCAAGCUCAAGAGUGCUGGACGUCGACUGGCCAAGUGCUCUGAGAUUACUUUCCAUACCACAAAAACCCUUCCCAUGCAAAUUGAUGGAGAACCUUGGAUGCAGACACCCUGUACAAUCAAGAUCACCCACAAGAAUCAGAUGCCCAUGCUCAUGGGCCCACCUCCUCGUUCCCACAAUUUCUUUGGCUUCUUGGGCUGAGAGUGACACCUUCAGUCUCCAAGCCAGCCUUGAACCCAUCAACCCAUCCCGGAUGCCACCCUCUAGACUCUGUACAUUGCUGCCACACCUUCCUGCCAGCUCAGGGAGGUGUUCCUUCACCCUCACAGUAUUUAUUAUCCUAGACCACCUCACUGCACACACACACACACACACACACACACACACACAUACACACACGAAUGCACUCACCUACCCCACAAACACAUAUGUUAAAAGUGCCUCAUCUAAAUAAAAUGACUUUUUCUCCCCACUGGGAUAUCUAUAAAUAA